CAGUUCUGUAUCUGCUAAGAGUAAGGCACUCCUGUUGGGGAGCCUUCUGCUGGCACGCCCGAAAUGGCAGCAAAAGGCAACUUUAACUUGUAGUUACUAACGCGCACAACGCGCCAGGCCUUGGCGCUGCGCCUAUGGAAGUGUCGCGCCGGAGUAGUACAAACGAAUUGACGUCGCAUGCAAGCAUGCGACCAUCGCGCGACGGGCUCGUGCGACAAACCUCGGGCGGCGACGGUCUCGUGCGACGGGCCCAAGGGAUGAACCUCGGGCCACGCGGGUCGCCGCGAAUCGCAAGCGACGUCGUCCCGUCCGUCGACUGGUCGUCGCGCGAGAGCACUCCUCUCACCAGACCGCUGGCCCCCGACGGCGGCACGCGCGGCGAAGUAUCGAGCGAUUACGAUCCGUCACAAGAUCCUAAUCUCAUUCCUACUACUUGGACUAAUCGCACCAAUGCCGUGCGUAGUAGUAGUGCUAACUCUAGUACCAUGGCAGGACCUGCUGCUACUAGCAGCAGCUCGAUUGGCUCGUUCGGUUCCCUACUGCGCGGCGCCGUCGAUACGAAAGCCGCCGCCGCCGCCGCCGGCAACUCACCGGCGAGGUGGUUGCCGCCGAUGACGGAGGCUGACGUGGCACUGCCAGGCGACAGCGGCGCCGCCGGAUAUGGCGGUGUCGGCGGAUUUGACUCUCCUCAAACCGCCGGAUUUGACGGAGAGAUGAUAUUUUCACCCGUAGCGUCUUCUAACGGCAGCGUUAUUAUGGCUCUCCCCGCGCUGCCGCACCGCAGCGGUGCUGAUAGCGGGGCUGCGCUUAUCGGGUAUGAGAGUGGCGCCGGCGUUUACCCUGCCGGCCCCUUAUGGACCCCCAGCGACACGACCUCCGAUUCCUCCGCGCUUCGAUGGCAAAGCUUCGCUACCAGUAGUACUAGUCCUAGCAGCGCCCUAACCAGCAGCGCUGUUACCAGCACUGUAACCAGCACUCCUAGUUACGGUGUAACCGGUUGCAUGCCCAAAGUAGUAACCGGCUCUCCUGCCGGUAUCGGCGCGCGCAACCCGCAAUCCGCGCAAAUUCAGCGCGGCUGGGCGCGGGGAGCGCCGCCGGAACCAGCUGGGUGGGUGCUGGAGGCUCCGCUGGCGGCGGGAGCCGCCCCUGCCCCGCCACUGGAGGAAGACUACUGCGCGCAAAAGGCGCGGAGCGGGGAGUGUAAGGGGGAAAACUGCGCGGGAAGCAGCGGCAGUGGCAGCGGAAGCGGGGAGGGAGGCAGCUGGCGCGGAGCCAUUGGCGGCAGUGCCACGGGCGGUACUGCCGUCUCUAGGGGCGGCGGCGUUGCCACCAACAGCAGCAGCAGCGGUGGCGGCGUGCGGCGGUUGCGACACUCGCAGAGUUACAACAGCGAGAGGACCGCUGGUGCAAAUGCCUUCGAGCUACAAUCUCUGUCGCGGCUACAGUCGCUGUCGAGAUUACAGUCGCUGUCCCGUCAGCAGCCACAGCAGCAGCAGCAGCCUGGGCUACAGCCGCUACAGCAGCAGCAGUCCCUGCCGCCGUCUCAGCCGCAGCUACAGCCGUCGUCACGGAGGCAAUCGCUACAGUCGCCGCAGCUACAGCCGCCGUCUCAGCCGCAGCUACAGCCGCCAUCUCGGAUGCAGUCGCUGCCGUCGCGGUGGUUCGGGAAGAUAGACGAGAGCGGGGAGAUGGGCGGAGAGUGGGACAGCGCGGAGGGGGAAGGGGAGGAGGGGGAAGGGGAGGGGAGAGAGGAGGAGGAAGAGGAGGAGCAGGGAGAGGGGGGCGGAGUGGUGGAUGGGACGGGACAGCCGGAAGAGCUUUUUAGGAGCCGGAGCGAACGGACGAAUAGGGUAACCAGCCGUUGUGGGGUUUCAAAAAGCAGCUCGGUGCAGGUUGCGAGCAGGCAGGGCGGGUGGAGCGGGGAAGGGCGAAACUGGGGACAGCAGCAGCAGCAGCAGCAGCAGCAGCAGCAGCACCAGGGGCGGCGGCGCCGGCAGCAGCAGCAGCAGCAGAAGCACGACCGGUUACCGGGUCAGGUUCGGUUCUCGGGUGGAGAAAAGGCUGAUUAUAACGGGUUGCGCCAAGGCGAAGAUGCUUAUAACGGGAACGGUUUUGGCGAGGGUGUGGGGGGCUCGUCGUCCGCGCGAGGCUCGUUCGCGCGGAUGCACAAGUCCCGAAGCAGCGGAAGCCUGGUGGAGGCGGGAUCUGAGGACGGACGUUUCGAGGGAGGGUAUGGAAAGCAAAACCUGGGGGAGGCGGGUGCUGGGGAAGGGCGAUGGGGGAGGGAGGGCGGUUGGGAAGGGCAUGGGGGAAGCGGGAGGGGGGGUCGUGAGGGGACGGGGAGGGAGGGGAGUUUGGAUGGUGGGAUGGAGGGGGUGUGGAGGAGGGGGGGGAGGGAGAGUGCAAGGGGAGCGGAAGGGAGGGGAAGAGGAGCGGAAGGGAGGGGAAGAGGAGCGGAAAGCGAAGAGGGAGGGGCGCGGAGGGGGAGGGAAGAGCAGGGGGAGGAGGCGGAAGAGGAGGAAGUGGAGGAGGAAGAGGAGCGGGGGGAGUGUUCAGCGGAGGAGGAGGAGGAUAGCGAAGGGGCGGAGGGGCAACGAGUGGUGUUCUUUAAUGACACGGACGGCAGCGCUGAUGCUGAUGGGCGUGAUGAUGGGCAUGGGCAUGGGGAUGGGGAUGGUGGCUAUGGGCAUGGGGAUGGGGAUGGCAGCGCUGAUGGUGAUGAGCGUGAUGAUGGGGAUGGUGGCUAUGGGCAUGGGCAUGGGGAUGGUGACUAUGGGCAUGGGAAUGCUGCUGCCCAUGGUGGGGAGAGUAGACAGGGGAAGAGACGUGGGAGGAGGCGCAGGAGCGGGAGUGCCAGAGGGGAGAGUGUGAGCAGGAGCAGCGGCAGCGGGUUUGAGAAAGGCAUGAGCGGGAGCAUGGGGGGAAGCACGGGGGGGAGCAUGGGCGGAAGCAUGGGGGGGAGCAUCAGCGGGAGCGUGGUAGAAAAGAUGGGGGGCAGUAUGGGGGGAAGCAGCGCGGGAGGAAGCUUUCGGGGGAGCAUGGGGGGAAGCAUUGGCGGAAACAUGGGGGGAAGCAUGGGGGGAAGCAUGGGCGGCGGUGGCAGUGUGGAGGAGAUAGAGUACCCCCUGUCCCCCCGCUCUCUCUCCGGGCGCUUCCUGGGGAUGGUGCUGGAGGAGGUCGCUGAGGGGGAGGAGGAGGAGGCGCAAGGGGAGGGGGAGGGAAGGGAAGAUGCGGGGAAGGGGAAGCAGCAGGGUUGUGCAGGCGGCAGCAGGCAGAAAGGCACAGGGGGGCGCCAAAGCCCCUUUCAGCAGCAGCAGCAGCUGCAGCAGCAUAUACUCUUGAAUCGGCCGCGCACCGGCGAGUCGAUGGGCAGCGAGAGGCGCAGCUUCGACCGCUUCCAGGAGGAGCUCUUUCAGGCGCAGCGCUCCGAGGUCUCCACCCUCUCAGGUCGAUCCGAAGGAACGCUCUCAGGCCGGUCCGAGGGGGUUUCGACCCAGUCAGGGCGGUCCGAGGGGGUGCUCUCAGGGCGGUCCGAAGGGUCCCUGUCCGACUGGUCGGAAGGGGAAGGGGCGCAGGUUCCGGCCAGACGCUCCUGCUCCGCACGGGAACUGGAGAGAGCUGACUGGGAUGGGGAGCAGCAGCAGCAGCAGCAGCAGCAGCAGCAGCAGCAGCAGCAGCAUGGUCGUCCACUUGAGAUGAUGGGAGAUGCACAGGAGGAGCCAAGGGCGCAUGGGCAAAGGGUGGUGCUGGAGGCUGAGGGCCAGGGGGAGCAGGGCGGGGGAGUACAAGGGGCCGAGCAGCGAACAGACCGGCCAGGGAUCCAAACAGGGAUCUUUUGGCAAAGAGGGAAUGAGGGGAUUCGAGAGGUGCAGCGUGAGGAGGAGUCCAGUCGGGAAUACGAGCAGGUGACACGUGGAGCCGCUGAGGUGCCGCACGAGCCGCCCAGUGGGUCGAGCUUGCCGCCCGAUGGGUUGUGUUUGCCACCCGAUGUGGCGUGCAACUCGGUGCUGAUUCCCAACGAGAUGCGCAUUGGGGACGAGCUGGCGAUCCGAUUCUCCCUCACCAACAACUCGCCCCACCCCAUGGAUGGAGAGGUGGAGGUGGUGGCAGCAGUGGAGUGGGCCGGUGAGAGCGACAGAGAGGGCGACAGUGGGAGGGGAGCUUUCACCCCGGCAUCAAUCAAACGGGGGAGCGAUAGAGGAGGGAGGCGGCAGAGGAGGGAGAAGCGGGAGUUCCUGCCGCCCCUCGCGCCCCACGAGAGCGUCACCAUCGACGUCCAGCUGGCGAUCGACGACUCGUCCGUGGCUCCCUUCUCCCUCGCGUCGGUGUCUGCUGAGCUUGUUGUGGAGGGGCAGCGCACCCACAAGCGGCGCAAGCAGGUGCGUCUGGUGCCGGGCUAUGCGCCCUGCAUGGCAGCCCAGGACAGCGGCACGGGGCAGUGGGCGCUGGGCGCCAGCCAGCAGCAGCAGGGGGGGGGCGAGGGGCAGUGGGCCGAGGUGCUGCUCCUGACGGACGAGCGGCUCACGCACAGCCAAUAUGCCGCAUGGCGGUCGAUCUGGUGCCUCCUGGGUGUGGGACAUCCGCCUGCAGAAGGGGCUGCUGGCACCAGACGCCACCACACCGCCCGGAGCAUCAUCACCAUCAGCACCUGCCGUGGACCCCAGGUCACCAAACCCUCGAUCACCCAAGCCCAGAUCACCACAGAGCAGCAGAGACGAGCCUCCAGGAUGGCUCUCCCGCCACGCGCUUGUGGUGCUCCCACACGCGCCCCCCGCCUCCAAGCUGCCCCCCCUCCUCCUCCGUGUGCUACCGCAGAUGGUGUCAACCAGGGGAGGUGUAUAUGGGGCCGAGACCGUGGGUGUGCUUAUAGGGGGCGUGACUGCGGGGCAGUUAUCCCGGCAUAUGCUUGAGCUGGCGCAGACGGUCAGGACCCUGGAGGUGCCGCUUAACCUGAGCGUAAAAAACCUGAAGCACCUGAAGCACCUGAAGCAGCACCUGAAGGAGUUGACCCCAGGUGGUGGAGGAGUGGUUUCUGCUGGUGGG